GCAGAAUAAAGAAAGGAUGGAACAAACUUCGUUAACUCAGUUUAUAUUGAUCCUGUCGUUGAGCAGCGUAUAUUGUUUAGGUAUCACAAGAAGUAAUAUGAGCAAUUGUAAACUGACUUUUCCAUGUGCAAAAUUUUACACAAACGGAAAGUUGCAUAUUGAGUGUUCACAUAAAAACCUGACGAAAAUCCCUGAUUUACCAUCAAACGCUGUUUAUAUCGAUUUUGAGGAUAACUUAAUCAAGGAGAUACCAAAUGGAACAUUUGAACAUUUGAAAAAUCUGACUAUUUUGGAUAUAUCAUUCAACAGAUUGAAGUCUAUUAACAGACAAACAUUUGUUGGAAUUCAAAAUCUGCGUCACCUUAAACUCAAUGAUAACUUUAUAGUAUCAAUACCGAACAACACCUUUGAAGAUAUGACCAGUCUUACAGUUUUGGAUCUAUCACACAACAUGUUACUCCCAAGGAUAAGGAAUAAAUCUUUUAAAGGACUUAUUAACCUAAGGCAUCUUAAACUUAACAGAAAUAUUCCUUUCAUCAGCAACUCUAUAGAAAUACCAAAUAAUACAUUUGAAUAUUUAAUUACUCUUUCAGUACUGGAUCUAUCAUUCAACCGCUUGAAAUCAAUAAAUGAACAGACCUUUACAGGACUAGAAAACCUACGGUAUCUCAAUCUCAACAAAAACAGCCUGAGUUAUAAUACUCGGCAAGUUCCUCCUGGAUGUUUUAAACCUCUAAAAUCACUUAGACAGUUGUCUAUUCAAAACAACAAUGUGUAUUCCCAUCCCCGUAUUUGCAUUUUUCCAGAUUCGACAAUUGUCGAUUUAGUUAAUCUAGAAAAAAUAGAACUUGAUGUUGAUGUUGGAAGACGUGUUUUCAAAAAUGUACAUUAUCUGGGACCAGGGUAUGCAUCACUUCAAAACCUACAGUCAUUAAAGUUUGAUACGUGUGGCCACCUUCCUCUUUUCAACGAUUCCUUUAAAUACACACCUUAUUUAACUCAUAUAUAUAUACAAAAAUGUGUUGUAACCAACGUUAAAUCUGGUGCAUUUUCUCAACUUCCAAAGUUGAAAGUAUUAAAACUAGAUCUUAGUGGUUUUUCUGAAUAUAAACUUGACCAGUUAAUGAUGGUUGAUAUGGUUUUGAGUUUGGCAAUGACACAAAUCGAGGUUUUAGAUAUGAAGGAUGUUUGGGAAACAGCUCAAACUGUGAAUACUUUUCCAUGGGAAGAAGUUAAUGAAAUGUUGUUAAAUACGUCUAUACGUGAACUACGUUUCACAAACAAUGUUAAUGUAGUAUUUCCGACUGGAAGAUCAGUUCCAUCACCGCAAAGUCUUCAAAUACUUAAUCUUAGUAUGAAUUCCUUAAAUGAGAUAUUGCUGAAUCUAACACAUGUUAAAUACCUCAACUUACAAGGUAAUGCUCUCGGUAAAUACCUAGAAAAUAACAGCUACAUGAUAAAAAGUGAAAGUAAACUUGAAUAUGUAUGUCUAGCUAACAAUUCAAUUUCAAAUCUUAAUACAGCAAUAUUCAACGAACAACCGUAUCUACGAAUUAUUGACAUAAGUUAUAACAGCCUGAAAGAGGUUAAUUGUGACCUGUCCCCUUUGGUGAAGUUGCAUAUUCUGAACCUUUCAUUCAACGCAAUAAACCAUUUAGACCACAAGUCUAUUACAAACUUGGACAGAAUUCUUACGAAAAGCGACAACAUAUUACAAAUUGAUCUCAAUUACAACCCGCUUCAUUGUAACUGUUAUACACUUUCAUUUUUAACGUGGAUGCAGCGUAGGCGCGAACAUUUCAUAACCUUUUCUCACUUUAAAUGUAAAUACCUGAAUGGGAGCAUGUCACCUUCAAAUUUAUUUGAAGAAGUAGUACUAUAUCUUGAGAGGGAAUGUAUGGAUUAUUCGUAUCUGAUGGUAAUCGCGUCUAUUGCUGUUUUUGCAUUUAUAGCAAUAUUAUUAACAGCAGUCAUUUAUAGACAUCGAUGGAAACUUCGAUACAUUUUCUACACAGCAAAACUAAAAUAUGCCCAAAAAAAAUCAGAUGAAGAAUUGACUGAGUAUGUUUAUGAUGCCUUCAUAUCAUAUUCUGAUAAAGACCGAGAAUUUGUAAUUAACGACUGCAUUGAAAAUCUUGAACAAGGUGUCUUAAAGCUAUGCAUACACCAGCGCGAUUUCGUGCCCGGAGAAUAUAUCACAGAUAAUAUAAUAAAUGCUAUCCAGAACAGCCGAAAAACAAUCUGCAUAAUAACUAGAUCAUUUCUGGACUCUUAUUACUGCAUGUUUGAAUUCAACAUGGCCAGAAUGGAAAGUAUCCAUUCAAGAAAUGGUAAAAAUACUUUGUUUUUGGUAUUUUACGAGAAACUUUUACCAGAAGAGUUGCCGUUAGUUUUAUAUGAACUUAUUCAGAAUCAAUCGUAUAUUGAAUAUCCGAAUGACGAACAGGGAGAUGUAAUUUUCUGGCAGAAAAUCAAAGAUGCUAUUCAUACGUAGGGUUUUUGUACAGCUUACUUAUUUUCUUUUAAAAAAUAAAUUGCAGGAAAUACAAUAAAAUUUUCCCAUAGGAGAAAAUUUAUAAUAAGUAUCAACCGGAAAUAUUAUAUAAUAAAAACAAAUGGGUCGCACUUCAAAAGUCAAU